AUGCCAAUGUGUGAAUGGUAUAUUUAUAGUCGACCAUGGUCAACACUUGGUCCAGAUUUUCUGUUACCAGGUGUUGAAACAACAUUUCUUCCUGCACGUAUACAAAAAUUUAUUUAUUCAAAUAAAACAAAAAUGAAUCAAUCAAUAAAUAUUGAAGUACGUGGAAAUUAUCAUGAUAAUAUAUGUGGCAUAGGUCAAGAAGAAAUAUAUAAUCUUGAUUUAUGGAUAUUUCCAAUGGAUAAUAAAAUAGACGAACCAGUAUUUACAUUUGAAGGUGCUGUUAUUCAACAAGUUCAAGGUGUACAGUCUGGUCGAUGGUCAAUGGAAAAAACAAUUUAUGAUAAAUUAAAUAUCCAAACUGAUUUAUCUAGUACUGAUCAUAAACCAUAUUUAGAUACAAUUAUAAAAGAUUAUUGUUUACUUCCAUCACCUAAUCAAGUUAUUCUUAAUAAUCAACUUAAUUUUAUUAUUAAUCAAGAUUUAAUUGAAACGAUAGAACCGUUUAAUGAAUUAGCUGUUUAUUAUGCUCAAAUGACAAUUAAAGAUCUUGUUUUAAAUCAUAUACAUCAUCGUUUAUUAAAUGCAUGUCGUUCUCUUGCUUCAACUUUACAUUCAGAACAAGUAACAUGGAAUUCAAUACAUCUUCGUCUUAUUCAAUUAAUUGAACGUUUUCCUCGUUUAAAACCAUUUUUAAUAAUAUUAAAUAAAUAUGGUUUACAUUUAAAAGAUAUUCUUAGUGGAGAAAAAAAUGGAUCAGAUAUAUUUUUUCGUGAUGUUGAAAUUGGACAGACUUUUCAACAAAUUAAAACUCUUCUAAGUGCAACUAAAAUACAACAAAUUUUUCAUUCGAUUUGUCAACAUUUACAAUUACAAUAUGAACAAAAUAAAGAUAAUUCAUUUGAAAAUUAUCGAUUAUGUAUAUUGUGGUUAACUGAUAAUGACUAUUCAGAUAUUUUACCUAUUCUUGAUCUUUUUCUUAAUUUAUCACAACAAACAGAUUUAUUAAUUGAUUUACAUUAUGUAGAUUCUGAUCCAAUACAACUUGCAAAUGCUCAACAAACAUUUAAUACACAUAUAACCAAUCAAACAAACUUAUCUAUUAUUUAUGAUGAAACAAUUGAUUUAUAUGAUAGUAAAACACUUGAAAAAAUACCAAUAGAAUCAUUUGAUAUUAUAUUUUCUGCAAAUCAACUUCUAGGAAAUCAAGAUUUAACAAAUUCUUUAACUGAUCUUCGUCGCUUACUUGUCCCUAAUGGUCUUCUUUUAUUACUUGAAUUAGUUCAUGUUCCUCUUUAUUUUGAUCUUAUUUUUGGUUUUAUUGAUCAAUGGUGGUCAUCAUCUGAUGAUAAUAAUCGUGCAUUAACUAAUAUUCAACAAUGGACAACAUUAGUAGAACAAAUCCAAGGAUUUAAUAUUAUUGAAUCAACAUUAAAUGAAAAUGAAAGUACAUUAAUUAUUAGUCAAAAAACAAUAUCAAAAGAAAUAUUACAAACACUUGAUGAAAGAAAAAAUCAAAUAUGGGUAGUAUUUACUAAAGAUGAUAAUAAUAAUAAAAAUAGUUUUAGUCAUAUUCUAUCAUCAUUAUUACCAUGUUCAAAUAUUAAAAUUUUUGAUAUACGUAAUUCAAAUUUAGAUAUGAUUUGUUUUGGAAUACCAGUUCUACUAACUACUUAUAAACAAACAUCUGUUAUUUUUGCAUGGCAACUUAAUCAAGUAUUACUUAAUGAAAAUAAUGAUGAUUUAGCAUUUAAACAAAAUGAAGAACUUCUAUGUGGAACAUUAUCACGUAUUCUUCAAACAAUUAAAAAAUCAUCACCACACUUCUAUCCAUUUGUAUAUGUUCUUACAGAUCAUGCUCAAUUUAAUAAUAAUUCGAAUCUUAAUAUAAUUGCAUUACCAUUUAUUGGUCUUGCACGAAGUUUAAUAACUGAAUAUGAACGACAUAGAUUAAAACUUAUGGAUCUUCGAACAUCAUUAAAUAAUGAAUUAAUAUUUAUUCAUACUUUAAUAGAAUAUAUGAUUAAUUCAAGAUAUUCAAGUGAUACUUGUGAAGUUGUUCUUCGUCUUAAUGAUACAGAUCAAAAUCAAGUUCAACAUUUAACGUGGUAUUAUGAAAUGUUACAAAAAUCUACUGAUGACGAACAAGAGAAAUCUAAAUUAGAACAAAUUUCUAUUAUUCCUAAACGAGAUGCUGAUCAAAAACCAUUUCGUAUUUGUGUACCGCAAUCUCGUUUUCUUUCUGAAUUAACAUGGAUUGGAGAAGAUAGAGAAAAAGACUUAUUACCAGGUGUGGUAGAAGUUCGUGUUCAUUGUGUUGGUAUUAAUUUUCGUGAUGUACUCAAGUCACGUGGUCUUUAUCCACAUACACGUACUUUUGCACAAUCUGAUGAAAAUCAACCAAAAGUUAAUCAAGAUACAGAACCAGGUUCAGAUUUUGUUGGUACUAUUGUACGUGUAGGUCCUACAACAACUAAUUUUCAAGUUGGUGAUCAUGUUGUAGGUGCUACUAGUCAUGGUACAUAUCAUUCUCAUAUUAUGAUUAAUUCACAACUUAUAAUACGUAUUCCAUCUGAUUUUCCUCUUACUGAUGAACAAUUAUGUGGUAUGCCAACUCCACUUUUAACAGUUAUAUAUUCUCUUAAAUAUCGUGUUCAUUUGCAAGCUGGUCAAACUGUUCUUAUUCAUGCUGCAACAGGUGCUGCAGGUCAAAUGUGUAUUCAAUAUUGCCAAUAUAUUGGUGCUCGUGUUAUUGCUACAGCUGGAACUGAAGAAAAACGACGUUUUCUUCAUGAAUAUUAUGGUAUUGAACAUGUAUUUAAUAGUCGAGAUACUUCUUUUGUUAAUGAUAUACGUCGAAUUCUCCCACAAGGUGUUGAUGUUAUUGUUAAUUCAUUAUCAGGUAUUUUAUUGAAAGAAUCAAUUAAAUUAUUAGCAUAUCAUGGUAAUUUUGUUGAAUGGGGUAAACGAGAUAUUUAUCAUGAUAGCAAUUUAUCAAUGUUUCAAUUACGAUCAGAUUGUAGUUUUCAUGUGAUUGACUUCGCUGGACUUGCUGAUCAUGUGUCACCUCUUAUUCGUCUUAUGCUAGAAGAAGCAAUUGACUUAUUUGUUCAACGUAAAUUACGUGCUGUUGAACCAACAGUUACUUAUGAACCACCUCAAGUAAUAGAAGCAUUAUUAAGAUGUAAUAGUGGGCAAGUUAUGGGUAAAACAGUUUUUCGUAUAAGUUCAUCUGAUCAACCAUUAAAUAUUAAUAAAAAACAAUCUACUAGUUUAUUAAAAGUUGUAAGUGAUAAUAGAAUGUUUCCAUCAGAAGUUUGUAAUGAAGGAACAAUAUUAAUAUCUGGUGGUUUUGGUGGUCUUGGUUUAACAAUGUCUCGAUGGAUGAUUGAACAACGAGGUGUUAAACAUAUAGCACUUAUGAGUCGUCGAACAUUAGUUGAACUUGAGAAACCUUCGAAUCCACAAUAUGAUGAUUGGUUAAGAUUAAAACGAACAACAAAAGAAUAUAAUGCUCAUGUUGAUGUUGUUCAAGCAGAUGUAACAAAUUUUCAACAAGUUUAUGAUUUAAUUGAAAGAUUUCAAAAAACUUCUUAUCCUAUCCGUGGUAUUAUUCAUAGUGCUGUUGUCUCAGAAGAUCGUACUUUAGGUAAUUUAACACAAGAACAUUUAUCACUUGUUUUACCACCAAAAGUUCGUGGUGCAUGGUAUCUUCAUCAAGCUACACAACUUCUUCAUGCACCUAUUUAUUUCUUUAUUAUGUUUUCAUCAAUUCGAAAUCAUUUACUUGAAGUUUCAUCUGCUGGUUAUAAUGCUGGUAAUCAAUUUCUUGAUGCACUUGCUCAUUAUCGUUUUGCAAAACUUAAUUUACCAGCACUAUCAAUUAGUUUACCAGCUGUAAGUGGUGCUGGAAUGUUUCAUCGUCAUAAAGAAAUGCUCAGUACUUUGAAAGAGACACAAGGGUUUGAAUUAAUGCCAACAGUAACUGUAUUCAAAUUAAUUGAAUGUUUUCAUCGAACUCAAAAGAUUUGUCCAUGUCCUGUUAUUUUUGCUGUUAAUUGGCAAAUAUUACAUCGAAAUUAUCCAACAUUAGCUACAUCUUAUUUAAGAAAAAUCGUAGAUCAACGUUAUAAAGAAAUGAAAUUUGAUCAAAUAUCAUCGACAUCAUCAGGAAAAAAUAACUCAGCUGAGUCUACUAUGAAUAAAAAAGAAAGUAUUAUUGAACGAACUCAAUCUGUUGUUGCAAGAUUAUUAGGUGCAGUUAGUGUUGAUCGUAUAGUCAUUGAUCGUUCACUUGUUAGUCAAGGUAUGGAUUCAUUAGCUGCUGUUUCAUUAUAUAAUUGGUUAGGUCAAGAAACUGGUAUUUAUAUACCAUUAUCUGAUCUUAUUCAUGGACUUUCAAUUGAAACAAUUGCAACACUUGUUUAUAGCAAACUUAAUGAAAAAGAACAAACAACAUCAACAGUUACAAAAGAACAUGAUUCAGAUUUUGAUUUAAUUAAUGAAAAUGAAAUUCAAUUUUCUAAUACAUCAGCAUAUACUGGUUUAGAAAAUAUCAUUUGUUUACAUCGAUCAAAUCAAAAUAAUACUUCAACUCUUUUUUGUAUUACUCAAAUAUCAAAUGUUAAUGAUAAGAAUAAUGAAGAUUUAUUUACAUUUUUUAUUGAUAAAUUAUCUGAUCAAAAAAAUAAAACAUCAUCAAAUGAUAUCUAUGCUUUACAAAUACCAACAAUAACAUCAUCAUCAUCAUCUAUAUCUACAUAUGCUCAAAAUCUUAUUACACAAAUGCGUCGUAUUCAACCAUGUGGAUUUUAUCAAAUAGUAGCUAUUCGAAAUAAACCAGAAGAAACUAUUGCUCAUGAAAUGUUAAAACAACUCGAAGCACAUUCACUCAUUACUAACACGCAAUUACAUCUUUUAGAUGCUCACAAUUAA